AUGCCGGACUUCAACGCGCACAUCCUUGACCCGUCCUGGCCCGAGCCGCCAACGGAGAAGAUGCAGGAGUUCUUCGACACCUUGUUCGGGUUGCCGGUGGGAGUGGUCCCACUUCUCGUCCAGGACACCAUUAAGGAGGAGCUGGACUACAUUGCCGCCAGGGCGGUGGAGGCGGCGCUUGCCCGGGAGGCCGGCAGCGCUGAUCCUUCCCCGGUGGACCGGGAGGACAUCGACACCAUCAUCGAGGAGGUCACCAGGGAUGCUGAGGCCGAGGACGACAAGAUCACCGCCAAGGAGGCCGCCGAGACUGCAGCUGAAGAGGCCGCCAAGGGGCCUGCCGGGGAGGCCGGCAAGGCCACUGCCGAGGAGGACGACAAGGCCGCUGCCGAGAAGGCCAACACGGGGCCUGCCGGGGAGGGGGCAAAGUCCAGGAUGGCGGCGGUGGACAAGGCGGAAGCAUAUUUCAAGGAGCGCGUCACCGAGACGCAAGCCUGGCUCUGCGACGCCCACCAGGAACUGAAGGAGAUCCAAGGUGAUCUGGCCGAGCGCAAACAAGAGCUCCUCCUGAAGCAAGAUGACAUCGAAAAGGCCGAGGAGCUGGCGAAGGAGCAGGCCGCUAAAGAUGAGGCCGCUCGGCAACAACACCAGGCUCUGCUGAACUCCCAGGAGGAGGACCUUGCCGCCCGUGAGGAGGCGCUCACCGCAACACUCCGCCGCAAGGAUGAGGAGAUCGAGAAGCUUGUCGCGCAGCGGACUCAGGAGCUGGAGCAGAGGCACAGGGAGGCGCUUAAUGCCCAAGCCCUGGUCCAUGCCGGCAAGGUGAAGGAGCUGGAGGUGGAGCGGGAUGGCCUGAAGAGCCAGGCCCUGGAGGUGGCGAAGGAGAAGGACACGCUCAACGACGCCUUGGUGGAGGUGCAGGCCGCCGUCCUCGGCAAGGUCAGGGCCCGGGAAGAGACCCUGACCAAGGACCUGGAGAAGGAGAGGCAGCUGCGGAGGAAUGACGCCGCCAACCACGAGGAUUACGUGAAGGGCGAAAACCUCUGGGUCAGCCGCCUCGCCAAUGUUGCUGGCAGGAUCACCACGAAGCUGGUGUCCAUGGGGAUGCCAAACGUGAGGCUGGAGAGCUUGCCGGAGGACGUGGACCUUGCGGCGCUCGAGGAGCGUAUCGAGCCCAUCAUCAGCCGCGUCGACGGAGUUCGAAGGAUAGAGGGCCAGCACUGGGACUAG